AUCCAAUGGAACAUCCUCCAUCCAAAUGAGCUCCUCAUCUAACCAAGGGAGAGCAUCUUUAGCAAGAAAAUGGGCAACUCCAUUACCAGUUCUCUUAACAUGGCUAAAUUGAAAAUGCAUAUAUAAAAGAGGAAGUUAAAGCAUUCAACUUGAGCAGCCUUAGUACCAUGACCAUUGACAGAAAUGAAAGAAGCUUUCAAACUGUUAAUAAGAGUGAGGCAAUCUGAUUCAAGGUGCAGAUUGCUAAAGCCAGUUGCAUAGCAAGCUCCACUCUAUAGAUAGUUGCUUUGAGCUCUGCUUCUUGAGGAGGAAGAUUUGAUAGAACGUGUCUUACAGCUGCAGCCAGAACGAGCCCCUCUGAAUUGCGAAAAGAUAAUACCCGUACCAUAACCAUUUGUCGAGUAAAUUGCUGCGUCCAAAUUCGCCUUCAUUUUACAAUUGCUUCUUGAUUUGAUGGAGGAGGAAGAGCAUGAGAAACUCUAGGAUUGAAAGACUGAAACUCAUGGAGGAGGCCCAAAGCACAGUUUAAAGUAAGCAGGUCUGCUUGUUUUACCUGCUGGUUUAACCUAAGAUUUCUGGAUCUUUAAAUCGCCCAGGCAAUUGCAUUUUCAAGUUUCAACUUGUCAAGAUUUUUAUAUUAAAAUUCAUUUUUUAUAGUUAUUUUAUUAUAAUUUUUCUCACUCACUGUACUUUAUAAUACUAUUAAUUUUCUUUCUCGUUUUUUCCACGCAAGAAUCAGAAUAUUAUGGCUGACUUUUACUUUAUCGGUCGUCUAUAUCUUUCUGUUCUGCUGUCAGCUGUUUUCACUUAAAAAUUCUGUCUUUCUCAAAUAAUUAUUAAUCAUCACUGUACCAUUCAUAUGUUCAUUUCAUACAACCUUGGUUCCUCUUCCCUAUUCCAUGGCAUCUACUUCGUCCACUGCUGUUCGCAGAAAAUGCGAUGUGUUCCUUAAUUUUAGAGGUGGAGACACUUGCGAGAACUUUGUCAGUGAACUCUGCAAAACUUUAAAUCGAAAUCUGAUCGAGACUUUCAUCAUCGAUGAUAAAUUUGGUGGCAGAGGAGGAGAAGAAGAGAUUCUGCGAAAAAUACAAGAAGCAGAUAUUUCUUCAGUCAUUUUCUCGGAAGACUAUGCUUCUUCUGCUUUGUGUAUGGAUGAGCUCCUAAAGAUAGUUGAAUGUAAAGAGACGAAAGGGCAAACUGUGAUACCAGUUUUUUACCGAGUAGAUCCAACGCAUGUUCAACACCUGAAAGGAAAUUUUGGGUUUGGAUUUGACAAACUUACUCAAGAAUUGAGGAACUCCUUGCCCAAAGUGGAGAGUUGGAGAAGUGCUUUGAUUAAGACUGCAUAUCUCAAGGGAUGGGAUUCACACUUCACCAAGCCUGAAUCCAAGCUAAUUCAUGAAAUUGUGAAUGAUAUUUUGAAGAAGUUGAAUCAAGUGUUCUUCAAUGGUUCUGUCUUAGUUGGAAUUAGUUCACACAUCAGGGAAGUAGAAUCAUUAUUGUCCAUUGAAUCACAAGGUGUGCGCUCAAUAGGAAUAUGGGGAAUGGGAGGCAUAGGCAAAACAACUAUUACUGAAGUUCUGUUUAGUCGAAUUUCUGCUCAGUUUGAAUGUCAAUGCUAUGUCCCAAAUGUGAGGGAACAACUGGAAAAGCGUACGGUAGCUCAUAUAAGAGCUGAAAUUCUUUCUAAAUUACUGGGAAUGGAAAAUAGUAUAGUCCGCAUGCCCUAUAUAUUUCCAAAUUUCAUUAGGAAUAAGCUUAGGAAGAAAAAAGUUCUCAUUGUUCUUGAUGAUGUGGAUAAUUCUGAGGUAGUAAGGGAUUUAGUAGGAGACUGUCAUUUGUAUGGUUCGGGAAGUAGAAUAAUUGUAACGAGUAGAGACAAACAAGUACUUAAAAAUGCUGAUAUCAAGGAGUAUAUUUAUGAGGUUGAGAAAUUGGUUGACUUUCAAGCUAUUCUACUAUUUAGCUUGCAUGCUUUCAAACAAGAUGCUCCACCAGAAGAAUUUAUGAAGCUAUCAGAAAGGGCAAUAACCUAUGCUCAAGGGAUUCCAUUAGCUAUUAAAAUUUUAGGGUCCAGUCUAUAUUGCAAAAGUGUAAAUGAAUGGGAAAGUGAAUUGGCAAAACUUGAAAAUAGCCCAGACAGGACAAUUGAGGAAGUUCUGAAAAUAAGUUAUGAUGGAUUAGAAAGCAGUGAACAAAGCAUAUUUCUUGAUAUUGCAUGCUUCUUUAAGGGAGAAGAUAGAACUCGCAUUCAAAGUAUAUUGAAUGGUUGCGGAUUCUUUGCAGAUAUUGGAAUAAGUCGUCUCUUAGAUAAGUCUCUGAUAACUAUUUCAUCUAACAAUCAGUUGGAAAUGCAUGACCUACUACAACAAAUGGGAAGGAAUAUUGUUUGCUUGGAAUGCAUUCAUCAACCUGGAGAACGCAGUAGAUUGUGGAUUCCACAGGAUGUCUAUCUUGUAUUGAAAAGAGAAAAGGGGACUGGAAACAUUGAAGGAAUAUCAUUAGACAAGUCCAAAAUCAGAGACAUAGAACUAAGCCCAACAGUCUUUGAGAGAAUGUAUAAUCUUAGGUUGCUUGAAUUCCACAAUCCAUUCACAAGUGAAUUGAAGAUAUAUCUUCCUAAAGGACUCCAGUUUCUUCCAGACGAGCUAAGAUUUCUUCGUUGGGACAAAUACCCUUCAAAGUCUUUGCCAACAAGUUUUUGUGCUGAAAAGCUCAUGGAACUUCACAUGCGUGAAAGCCAACUUAGAGAGCUUUGGAAUGGAGUUCAGAAUCUUGGAAAUUUGGUAUCUGUUGACCUUAGCAACUCUAAGCAUCUAGUUAGGAUUCCAGACUUAUGUAGAGCCCAAAACCUUGAGGUUUUAAAGUUGACUGGCUGUACAAAUUUAGUUGAGAUUCCUUCGUCUAUUCAAAAUCUAAGCAAGCUAACGCGGCUUAUUCUAGAUGAAUGCAAAAGUCUUGAUAGUUUAUUGAGCUACCUUCCUCAAAAUAUAAGAAAUCUGAGUUUAGAUGGAAGUACAAUAAAGCAAUUGCCCCCAUCAAUUGGUGAGUUGAAAUGUCUUGAAACAAUUGUUCUUCGAAGAAGCUCAGCACUGACAAUUCUCCCAGACACUUUUUGCAAUCUGAAAUCUCUUAUAGAACUUCAUAUAUCAGAUUGUCCAAGUCUCAAUGAGCUGCCACUGAACUUGGGGAAUUUGGAAUCUUUGAAAGUACUGCAUGCUAAUAGAAGUGGUCUAAAAAACUUACCGUCCUCCGUGGAUCAAUUGAGGCAAUUGGAAUCAUUGGAUUGUUCAGGAUGUAAAGAUUUAAUGUUGCCUCCUUUUAUAGAUAUGCCCCAUUUGGAGGUUCUUUAUCUAAAUGGCUGUGGUAUGUCAGAAUUUCCUCAAGGUAUUUGCUCUCUGAAGUCAUUGACCAUCUUAGAUGUGAGUGGAAAUAAUUUUGAGAGUAUACCUGCAAGCAUCAAACAACUUUCUAAUUUGGAGAGGCUUCUUUUAAGAGAUUGCAAGAGACUUCAAUAUUUACCGGAUCUUCCAUUGGCUCUACGAUGUUUAUAUGCAAGAAACUGCACAUCUUUGGAAUCAGCGUCAACUUCAUUUUUAAUGGCACAAGAACCAAAUUAUCAAACCAUUUUAGAUUUCUAUAAAUGCAUGAAACUAAAUCAGGGCACAUAUAGUAGAAUUAUGGACGACAUAUUGGCAACACAUUUGGUCAAUGACAGACAGUCUCGCUACAUAGGUGCCAAGAUGUAUAUUGCUGGAAGUGAAAUGGCAGAGAAUAUAAGGUAUCACACUAACAAUGGAUCAUCUCUGUCUUUCACAAUCGACCAGCAGCAGCCUGACCUGAUUGGUUUCUCUUUAUGUGCUGUGGUUGCAUCCAAUGGUCAUCCUCCUCCUCAUGACGUCAUAAAUAUUAGAUGUAGAGCCCUUCUCACAGGCGAGUCUGGACAUAGCCAUAUUGAAGAUUUGUACUUUUUUAGUUAUCCAGAUGAACUAGACAUCCAAUCGGAGACUCUGUUUCUGUGGGCUAAUUCAAUCUCUUGGGACUCCGAAGACGGUUUGAGCAAGGCUUCAUUUCAUUUCUUCAUGGAUUAUCAUAAUGAAGAAGACGAAGACUAUUAUGAGUGCAAGGAGGUGAUAGUUAGGUGUGGAGUUCAUCCAAUUUUCAAAGAUAAGAAGAGCAAAAAUAAAGAUGAAAAUGAGGAAUCUCAGCAACCUCCUCUGAAAAGAUUGAAAGAGGAACAUCUAAGCGCCGUCUCUUGGAUGACUACAGAUUAAUUCUCCGUCAUUCCCUUUAGGUAAAGCCUAAAGCUUAUGAGUCUUCACAAAACUACUGCUUAUCAAAAUCAAUAAAUUUUAGGAAUUAGUGUUUGUACUAUAAUUAACAGCAGUAUGGAUGCAUGUUCGUUCAACUUUUCUGGUGUAUAUUGUUCUAUACCUUGCGAAAUUAAUUUAACCUCGCAUCAUAUAGGAUUCAACUA